CUUCAAGCCUUGAAAAUCCUUCUGCAGUCUUUCGUGAACAAUCAUAUAAAUCUAUCACAGCGUGCCGUACCAGUCUCCCGGAUACACUGCUGAUCGAGAGUCCCUCCAUUUGACCCCCUUCAUCCCCUCUAGACUUGCUCGUUACGGGUGCCCGAGCUGAGAGGAGUCUUCCCUGUGCGUGGGACUGUCUUCUCGUUGUGAUAAUAACUCAAGCAUGGCCAGUCCUGGGUACAGUAUGGAUGCGAUAGGUCAUCCCGUUCCGGCGAAGGGGGAUGAGCACCCUCACAUGCUGCCUUACCAUGACAUGACUGCUCAGCCAAGACCAGCGAAUAUGCAGUGCCCUCCGUCGGCGGCGUUCAACCCGCCUUUCACUCACUUUGCGCUCAUGUACGUCGACCGCAAUGGUGAGCUCCAGGUAGACGUAUCGCCCUCACUCAUGGGAUAUGAGAGAUCCAUCUUCACACAAGAGGUGAGAGAUCGGUUUCUCAAGUCCACGAGCUUUGGAUGGCAGGCCAAUUUGCCCAGCUUCCACUCCAACUCCGUCAGUCACAUGGAUGGCGAUGCCACGGGGAAGCAGCCUUAUGUUUUUGGCUUGCAACAGAAUGCCUCAGGCUGGUACGGUGCGCCGGGUCCAGCAAGACCUGCACCUACGGGUCUCAUUCCCUGCGAGUGGCAGUCACUGCAAAACAACAAGCGGCACCGGCGCAAUAUGAGGCGCAUGGACUCUGGAAUCGACAGAGACUCGAGCUCAUCCUCUCCGAGCUCUUCUAUCCGCUGGACAGCACUCCGGGUAGGGGACAAAGAAACCCUUCGGAGCUACUAUGACAAGGCAUUCGAGAACUUCCAGCAGCUCAAUUGUCGCGCCAUCGCAAAGGCCUUCGUCAAGCUGGUGGAGCCUCGCAAGCAGGUGAAUCACCCGUAUAAUGGGCGCAAGACGGCCGCGGGGUUGUCUCAGCGCGUGGACCCGGAAUUGACAAAGCCUCAAUGGUGGCCAGCGGGCGUGACACACAAGGAGCCGGACCAUCUUCUUAAAUCGGACCGAAUCCGUCUCCUAGUACAUAUUCUAUGCGAGCUACGGGAGUCUCAUGGUAUCACAGCCGACAAACUGAAAGAUGCGGGCCAGGACGUGCGGCGCCAGAUCAUGCCCGCGGAGCGUAUACAAGUUUUGGAUGAGAUAUACUACGUCCGGGAUAUGGAAGAAAUGUACUUGGAUGGGAAAAUCAGCGCCGAUACUGUGGUACACGUUUCUCAUGUCCACAUGGGCGAAGCUGGCGCCUCGGAGCUAGAAGAUGGAGCCACGACAAAUCUUCAGAGUCUACCCGUUCCCAUCAUCACAGUGAAGUCGGAUGCAUACAACCGGCCAGAGUCGCACCAACAGAAUAUCGACCCUAGCCUGGACCCGCAUUCGACGCGCAAGGGAGGAUUUCUGCCUCCUUCUCCCGUCUCGGUCCCUUCCGUCAGUCGGAAGAAUUCCUUGGACAGCAGUGUCUCCACUUCCUCGUCAGAUCUUGUUUCAUCGAUGAUGACUUCUGCGGAGCCCGGGCGGACUCUCUACGCACCAAAGGACGUGCAUACCACCGGGGCGACCUGUCUCCCAGAGUACUUUGCCCAGCACCAGUCUACAGCUCACAAUACGCAGUCCGGGUUUUGGGAUCCACUGCACCCUAGCCAGCCCUCGAUCUCGUUUCAUGGAUAUUAAACAUUAGUCUCCCGGUGGGAAUGUGAUAGGUGUUGCGGUUUCUGGGUUUUAUGCAUUUUUGGGGUAUAUCUGAUUAGCCUUGUUGUCUAGUGGGGUUCUGGAAUAUUCUUGGAGUGGAUGUAUUGAAAGGAAGAAAUAUAGGAUAGAUAGAUCGCAAAACAUACAAGUAUCCUGACUUGGCGCUUUUGCAGAUUAAUA